UGUGUGUGUGUGUGUGUGUGUGUGUGUGUGCGUUGGUGCGGCCGGAUUAUAGGGACAUUUUACCUGAAUACAUACCGACUCUGUGAGGACAUACCGUAACAAUAAGGACAGGGCUGAUGUCCUCAUAAGUCUAGCAGCGUAGAGUGGCGUAGAAGGGUCUCACAAACCACCUCCCGCUUUUUCUCAAAAUGUCCUAAUAUGUACGUUACACCUGAUUUCCAGUGUAUGCCAGUGUAUCCUCAGAGUGUAUAAUCUCCCUCUAUUGAAAAUUCGGUGGUACUGCAGCGCCAUACACGUUUCAGCCUUCAAUGGACGCGUUUGAUUGGUUGAAGGCUUUCCUGCUCAGCGAUUGGCUGCACCUGAUGUCGGUCAAACUCGAGGCGCUUCUGAUUGUCUGCAGGUGUGACGCAGUGAAUUUUUAAUUAGCUAAACUCCAGCAAAGUUUAUCGCUGUCGAUUGUGUCACCUGUGCAAGUUUAAGGUAAGUUUAAUAUAUGAUUUUUGAAGUUCAGUUUAUAUUUAGUCGUACAUUUUGUAACUUUAAUGUUUGUGUGCAUGUAGUAAGUUACAUUAAUAAGGCAUGAGAUUGUUAAUAAGGAGAAUGAGAUCGCAUUCAUUUGCUAUAUUAUCAUCAUGGUGGGUAGUAAAAUAGUUAAAUUAAAUGGAUUAUUAUUUUUCAGUUUUUAUAUUAUACAGAAAUAUGUGAAAAUGUAAACAGAAGCGAAUGAAAUUAAAUCGUCAGGUCGCGUAUGGCGUGGUCACGGUUUCAGUCAUGCACAUGGCAGCUCUUAAAAACAUAAUACUGUAAACAACCGCUUGAAAUAUACCCUGUAGUGAUUCUAGUGUUGUUUUAAAAGUAAUACUGUACAAUAAAUUGCAGCUUGCUGUGUUUCGCCAUCGUAAAUUGGCUUUAGGACAUAAACGUAAUUGACCAGGUGACGCGUCAUUCCAGCUGUUAUGGUUUUAUGAUUCAGAAAUAUUUUAUGUAACUGUAAUCUUAAAUCAAUAUUUGUAUUGUUUUGUCAUAAAACACCAACGUGACACUGCUUUACUUGUUUCUUCUGUUGAUGGUUUAGGCCAUAUAACGUUAUAUUGUUUUAUAUUAUUGUGUUAAUUAUUUACACUUUUCAUACAUAUAAACAUGCCAUUUACAUUUUACCAUUUGCUUAAUCUGACGUGGCAGACGUUCACCUUACAAAAAUAUUCAAACGUUAUGCCAUAGAGCCUAUUGUUUAUUUAGAAAUGCAUCUGACAAAAUUGUACUAAUGUAGUAUAAUGCAAGUAAUAUUUAUUAGGACCAUAUACUCCAUGUGUUCUUUGUUUCUAGUCAACAUGUUGAGAAAGAGGAGAAUUAAACCUGAACAGGAUGCCAAAGAGCAUGUGUUGUCAGGCAAAGACAAAGCCUUCAUUGAGAAACGAUACAUCAACGCAUUUAAAGGACGAGGUGUGUUUGCACUUGAACACAUUAAACCAUCCACAUUUGUUGUGGAAUAUCGUGGAGUACUGUCUCAAAGUAAAUAUGUUGAUGACAUUCAAGGCAACUACUUGUUCGAUUUCACAUGGAAUGGAGCACAUUAUUGCAAAGAUGCUUCAAAAGAGGAUGGAUCGCUAGGACGACUGGUGAACGAUGAUCACAAAAAUCCAAACUGCAAAGUCAAGACGGUUGUUGUUGAGGGAAAGCCACACCUGUGUCUAUUUAGUCUAAGAGACAUUUGUCCAGAUGAAGAAAUUACUUACAAUUAUGGGGAUUCCUCUUGGCCCUGGCGUUCAGUAGAAUUGUGUGAUGAGAUAUCGGUGGCCGUGGAUGAAUCCAUUGAGGGUACUUCCUCAUCAGUAAAAGAGAAAGAAUUGUGUGAUGAGAUCCCAAAGGCCAUGGAUGAAUCCAUUGAGGGUCCUUCCUCAUCAGGAAAAGAGAAAGAAUUGUGUGAUGAGAUAUCGGUGGCCGUGGAUGAAUCCAUUGAAGGUCCUUCCUCAUCAGGAAAAGAGAAAAUGCCCUGUAACAACAAACAAAUGUCAGUGGCCAAGGAAGAAGUUUCAGCUUUUAAUGAAAAUGAAAUGUGCCAUCAUGAAGUUCAUUGUGCAGUAAUAUCCAGUUUGGAUUCUUGUGUAAAUUGCAGUGGACCCGUGUCUAGUCGAAAAUGGCUUGGCUUAACAUGCAAAUUGUGUUCAAGAACAUGGCACAAAACCUGCUUCAUGAAGAAUGAGAAAUUGAUGGAUGUUACAUUUUCCAGUUCUGAAGAAAGCAGUUCUGAUGAAGAGUAUACUCCCCAAGCCGAUAAAAGCAUUGAUGAAUCCUCUGAUGAAUUCUUCCCAGAUUCAAGACAAAACAGCGACAGCUGUGAUAGUCUAAUUAUCAAUACAAGGAAUCCACCAUAUUGUAAGACCACUCAACUUGUUUCAGAGUCUAAGAAGGCAAAGAGUGUGUCUCAACCCACUCACUGUUCAUCCACUGAGCAAGAUAUGGUCAGUGACAUAUCCAGCUCUGCUCAAGAUCUCAUAUGUAAUGAUCAAGACAAAACCACAAGCAAUACAGAGAUGCUUCAGAGUUUUAAGAAAACACCAACAGAGUCUUGUGAUAAACAGUCAAACCUCAAAGACACUUUUUCCACCCACGAAAAUUACUGUUAUGUGUGCAAGAAACCUCAGUCUAAAAUUGCCCGUCACUUUAAAAAGCAUGAAGACAGUGAAACGGAAAUUGCGGCUGCAUUUCUGCUUCCUAAACACUCCAAGGACAGAAAAAGGUUACUUAAGAAGCUCCGAAACAGAGGCAACUAUGAACAUAAUCAAGAGGUUAUGGAGAAUAAGAGUGGACCACUGAAGGUUAGAAGACGACCAGUAAGAUCCGAGAUCGAAUUGAGUACCAAAACAUACGUGCACUGCAUAUACUGUAAAGGCCUGUUUGUACGCAAGGAGUUGUGGCGCCAUACACGGAGAUGUUCUUCAAAGAUUUGUUCCGAAUCUGAAGCAACUGGUAAGGCCAAAGUUCUAGUUUUGGCUGAUAUUGCAGAGUCAACAUUCUCUCAAGCAAUCUCUCCUGAAGUGUGGAAAAUCUUGGGAAAUAUGAAGAAUGAUGACAUUUCAUCUGUUGUUCGAAAUGAUUUUCUCAUACUGCAGUUGAGUCAGAGUCUUUACAACAAACACGGAAGUGAUCCAACGAAAUUUGAAUACAUCAGACAGAAGGUACGGGAAGUGGGCAGACUCUUGCUAAGCAUGAGAAAAAAAUUCUCCAUACUUAGCUUUGAAGAUGCUUUGAAGCCGAACAAUUUUUACAAAGUCAUUGAGGCCGUGAAAGAUGUUGCUGGUUAUGAAGAAAAGAGCCACUCAUAUAAGACACCAAGUCUUGCACUAAAGUUAGGACAUUCACUUAACAAAAUUGCUGACAUCAUUCUCUGCAGGGCCAUUGCAGGAGAGGAUGAUGCUCUGACAAAAGCAGCAGAGCGAUUCAAAAGACUCUGCUCAAGUGAAUGGGCAGAACAUGUCUCCCAUGCUGCUCUUGCUACUUUAAGCAAAUCAAAGUUUAACAAACCAUCUACCAUACCAUUCACACAUGAUGUGCAGCUUCUCCACCAGUGCCUAGAGAAGAAAUCAGCUGAGGCUUUUGAAAACCUGAAAAACCACGAGUCUUCACAGGCAUACGCAGAACUCGCCAAAGUGACACUGGCACAAGUAAUCAUCUUUAACCGACGUCGUGCAGGAGAAGUUUCAAAAAUGACACUUGAGUGUUUUAUGAAAAGAGACCAAACUGAGCUCCAUGAGGACAUAGCUCUUGGUCUAUCUCCGUUUGAGCAAAAAAUGUCCAAGCAUUUCAGCAGAGUAGAAAUAAUGGGCAAAAAAGGGAGAAAAGUUGCUGUUCUGCUAAGCCCUGAUCUUGUUGGAGCAAUACAACUUCUUGUGGACAAGAGAGAUUCAUGUGAAGUAGAUGGGGACAACCCCUUCCUAUUUGCAAGACCAAAGUGUUCAGCCACCAGUUUCUUCAGGGGACAAGACUGCAUCAGGCUUUUUGCAAAUCAGUGUGGUGCCCAGAACCCUGAAUAUCUCAGAUCUACACAACUCCGUAAGCAGGUUGCAACAAUGUCCCAGAUUCUUAAUCUAAAGGAUAAUGAGCUGGAUCAGCUUGCCAAUUUUUUGGGCCAUGACAUUCGGGUCCAUAGAGACUUUUAUCGGUUGCCAGAUGCAACUAUAGAAAUUGCAAAAAUCUCAAAGCUGCUACUGGCAAUGGAGAUAGGAACCCUUGGAAGUUUCCAAGGAAAGUCUCUUAGUGAAAUUGAGAUUGAAGAUGAAAUUGAUCCUGAAUUAGAUGAGGAAGAAGUAAGUGAUGAAGAAGACGAAGAAUCGGAUUCUCUCCAUGGAGUAAAUGGAAACAAAAAAAGGGUGGACCAUGUAAAGUCGACCCAGGAUGAGGAGACCGAAAGUUCCAACGGAAAACAAAAAAUGCCCCCCAAUGAACCAGUCAGCUCCACAGGAAAACGAAAAAUGCCCCCAAAUGACCCUGUCAGCUCCACAGAGGCCAAAUCAAGGAGAAUAGUGAAAAGGCCAUGGACCACCAAUGAAGUGAAUGCCGUUAUGAAACAUUUUAAAGUCCAAAUUUCAAAGGGACAUCUCGCAACAAAGGCAGAGUGUGAGCAGUGCAAGACUGCAGAGGACCCGGUGCUAAGAGAAAGAACUGUACAAAACAUCAGGGAUUUCGUGAGGAACCGAGGUUUGAUGUUGAAAAAAAAUUGUUCUUAGACAGAUCAUGGUCACCUUCUUUUAAGGUUUGUGGCUUUUGUUACUGUAAGUUUACAAGUUAAAUGACUGGCUGACUAUUGUUCUCUUGUUAAAACUUUAAAAUCUCUCAUUUCCUUAGUUAAACCCAGAUCGUCCUUACAAUACUAGAUCGUCAUGUACAUACACACAUUUAACUAACACCUGAUUGAGAGAACGAUUUGGGUUUAGCUAGAUAUCAUUCACAUACACGCACCUCAGAAACUCUUAAUAAAUGUCCAUGUUAACCAAAAUUGUCCUCACAAUCAGGUAUUAGUUAGGUGCAUGUGUUUGUGUAUGUGAUUGAUGUCCAGGUAAACCCAAGUUGUCCUCACAAUUAAGUGUUAGUGAGGUGUAUGUGUAUGCGAAUGAUGUCCAGUUAAACACACAUUGUCCUCACAAUUAAGUGUUAGUUAGGCGCGUGUGAUUGUGUAUGUGAUUUGAUGUCCAGAUAAACCCAAAUUGUGCUCACAAUUAAGUGUUAAUGAGGUGUGUGUGUAUGCGAAUGAUGUCCAGGUAGAUCAAAAUUGUCCUCACAAUCAAGUGUUAGUUGUGCGUGUAUGUGUAUGCGAAAUGAUGUCCAGGUAAACACACAUUGUCCUCACAAUCAAGUGUUAGUUGUGCGUGUAUGUGUAUGCGAAUGAUGUCCAGGUAAACACACAUUGUCCUCACAAUCAAGUGUUAGUUGUGCGUGUAUGUGUAUGCGAAUGAUGUCCAGGUAAACACACAUUGUCCUCACAAUCAAGUGUUAGUUGUGCGUGUAUAUGUAUGCGAAUGAUGUCCAGGUAAAUCCAAAUUGUCCUCACAAUCAAGUGUUAGUUGUGCGUGUAUGUGUAUGCGAAUGAUGUCCAGGUAAACACACAUUGUCCUCACAAUCAAGUGUUAGUUGUGCGUGUAUGUGUAUGCGGAUGAUGUCCAGGUAAACACACAUUGUCCUCACAAUCAAGUGUUAGUUGUGCGUGUAUAUGUAUGCGAAUGAUGUCCAGGUAAAUCCAAAUUGUCCUCACAAUUUAAGUGUUACUGAAGUGUGUGUGUAUGUGAAUGAUGUCCCAUUGAACCCAGGUUUAUUCCCAUAGUGAAGGGUUAGUUAUAUGUGAGAGUACAACACUACAAACCUUGGUUACUCUUGAAAUACCAUAUACAUGUUGAUGUAUAAAAAAUGUUUCGACAGACUGGUGUUAAGAUAUUGUUAACCCAAAAGUUAAUAAAAGGAAUUGAAAAGUU